AUGUCUACUCAGCCAUUAUUCUCGUCGUCGUUAAUAUCACCGACUGUCCUCGCUUCCCUCCCCGAAGGCUACACCUGUCGGCCCCUACAGAGGGACGACUUCCACAAUGGCUUCCUGGAUGUCCUUCGAGUGCUGACGACGGUCGGAGAUAUCAGUGAAUCGGCCUUCAACGAGCGGUACGAUUGGCUUUCCAAGCGCAGCGAUGAAUACUUCCUGCUAUGUAUAAUAGAUGGCAGUGGGGGGAUAGUGGGCACGGGAGCCUUGGUCGUGGAGAGGAAAUUCAUCCAUUCGUUAGGGCUCGUCGGCCACAUUGAAGACAUUGCGGUCGCGAAAGAUCAACAGGGCAAGAAGUUGGGUUUGCGAAUCAUUCAGGCGUUGGAUCACAUUGCAGAGCAAGUUGGAUGCUACAAGGUCAUCCUCGAUUGUUCGGAAGCCAACGAAGGAUUCUACAUUAAGUGCGGUUACAAGCGAGCAGGCCUCGAAAUGGCCCAUUAUUUCCAAGCGCCCAAGAGUAAUGCAUAG